AUGGUGAUUGGGAAAGCGCCUACUGUCAAACGCAAGCCUGCGACAACAACAGUACGUCGCCAUCAUUCGAAAGGGAACAUGGUAUUUGUGCGAGGGCCCGAAGGUUAUGUGCGUCAAGGUCGAUCUGGUAAAUCGCUCGUUUUGAACAGCCACAAAGGUGCCGUCAAGAAGCCGCGUUAUUGUGGAUUCUAUACUCGUUAUGGCAAAUGCCCCAAUGGAGCUAGAUGUCCCUUUGUCCAUGAUACCAACAGAAGAGCCAUUUGUCCUCGUUUCUUGCAAAACCGAUGCAAGAAGACUGCAGCAGAAUGUCGAUUAUCACACACACCCAACCCACACAUCAUGCCGCACUGUGUUCAUUUUCAAAAAGGACACUGUACGAAUGAUCCAUGCAUGUACGCUCAUGUGCUUGUCAGUAGAGACGCUCCUGUCUGUAGAGCUUUUGCCAUGGAAGGCUACUGUCCAAAGGGUCUUGACUGUGAGGAAAAGCAUGUCCAUGUGUGUCCCGAGUUUGCUGAAACUGGUAAAUGCUCCAACGCCAACUGUAGAUUACCGCAUGUCGCUCGUCGAAGCAAACAGGAUCAAGGUAGCAAUCAGAAUAGCCAAGCAGCAGGCAUUGUUCGAUUGGGUAGCUGGGUCAGUCCUCAAUACUAUCAUGCUCAAAAGAUGGCAAAAGCCGAGAGAAGAAAGGCAGUAGAAGAAGCUACUGCUGCCAAAGUGUGGACGCGUCCUUCAUUAAUACAAGAAGCCGAGGAACAAGCUAGAGAAAAAGAAGAGGAGGAUGGGUUUGUGCGUUUGUUUGACGAUAGUGAUGAAGAUGAUGGUUGGAGUCAGUAUGAAAGAAGUAGCGAUGCUAGCGGCGUUGAGGAGGAACCUUUACGAUUCAGAGACGAAGCUGAUGAGGAGGAAAACGAUGAUGAAGAUGAGGACGAAGAAGAGGAAGACCAGGAUCAAGCAUCGGAAGAUAUGCAACAAGACGCUACAAAUGAGGAAUCUGAUCAAGACGAUUUCUUUGACGCAGUAGAUGCAGAAAGCCCAGGAAAUGAAGCGAAUGAAGAAGAUAGCGAUGUUGAAGAAGUGUAUGAAGAGGCUUCGGAUACAGAGAUGUCUGAUGCUUGA